AUGGACGUGUUUUGGACUGUCGGCGUGGUCGCCGUCGUGCUCCCGUCGCUGUACGUCUACACCGCCUCAGUUGUCAACACGCGCUUUCCGGCCCUGCGGAAUAAACGGAUUUGCGUCCUCAUCGCCCACCCGGACGAUGAGGCCAUGUUCUUUUCACCCACCGUUAUGGCCCUCGCUCGUCCCGACACAGGUAACCACGUCAAGAUCCUAUGCUUGAGCAGUGGCAAUGCGGACGGACUCGGCGAGACACGGAAGAAAGAACUAGCCAAGUCGGGCACGAUUUUGGGCUUGCGCCGGCCCGAGGAUGUCUUUGUCGUCGACAAACCCGAAUUCCCCGACAGCAUGACGGCCAAAUGGGAUAGCGCCCAAAUUUCCGCACUACUCCGCUCGGCCUUUGCGCCCCCCACUCCCCGGGCGCGCAGCAACAGCAACGCUAGCAACGCCAGCGGCGUCAGUGGUGUGAGCAUACGCAGUGGUACCCGUGGUGGCGGCGGCGGCGGCAAUAACAGCGACGAAGCGCCGACAGCCUCCAUCGACGUGCUAAUCACGUUUGAUGCCGCCGGCGUCUCAGGCCAUCCGAACCACAUAUCCCUUUACCACGGCGCAAAGGCCUUUGUCGCGUCGCUCGUGGCGGGCAAGCCUGGCUGGCAGUCGCCCGUCGACCUUUACACUCUUACCACGAUACCCCUGAUUCGGAAGUACACGGGGUUUUUGGAUGUGCUGACGACACUUACUAGCUGGGCCAUCGGGGCCGAUAAGAAGGACAAGAAACACCCAGGCGGGCUGGUGUUUCUUAGCGGCCUAGCCGGGCAGGGCAGCGUGACUACUGCGUGGAAGGCCAUGAUUUCGGCUCACAAGAGCCAAAUGGUCUGGUUCCGCUACGGCUGGAUCACCCUCAGCCGUUAUAUGUACAUCAAUGACCUGAGGUUGGUCAAGGUGAAGAAGGGUAGGGCAUAG